AUGUCAUCCUUCGGCCUCGAGCCAAUCGCAUUCCAUCGCGCCGAACUCGUACAAGCCCUGCUCGAAGGCCUUCCCGAGGAAGCAAGGAAGAAAUACCAUGUUGGCCAGAAAGUGGUCAACAUCGCAACAACCGAAACCGGCGUCGUAGUCACCUGCGCGAACGGCACCACGUUCACCGGAUCCAUGGUACUUGGCGCCGACGGAGUGCACAGUCAAACGCGCAAGAUCAUGCACAAGCUCUCAGCAGAAGACCGCUUCUCAGCCUGCCGCAACCCGGAACCGCCGUUCUCCGCCCACUACCGUUGUCUAUGGUCCAAUACACCACGGCCAUGCGCGGCUGGCCUGGGAAACAACACACAGGGCAAGGAUCGCUCCCUAAUGUGGAUCACCGGCCGUGAACGCGCUUGGUUGUUGCUGUAUGAAAAGCUGCCAGAACCGACCCAGGAGCCGAAGCGAUAUACAAAGGAGGAAAUGGAUGACUUCGCCGCUAGCUUCGCAGACUGGCCUGUCAAUGAUGACCUGAAGGUCAAAGACAUCUACGAUAGCUCGACCGCAGGCAUGUCAAAUUUGGACGAAGGCGUACUUGAGCAUUGGAGUUUGGGGCGUAUUGUGCUCGCGGGCGACGCAUGUCACAAGUUCACACCAAAUGCAGGCCUCGGAUUUACCAACGGCAUUCAAGACGUCGCAUUGCUUUGCAAUUUACUACACAAUGCGACAAAGUCAAGUGCAGGUCCUGAUAUUGGCUUCGACGAACUCGAACAAAUCUUCCAGGAAUACCAAUCUUCGCGGAAAGAGCCAACUGCGUUCGACUUUGGGGUCUCGGCUGCCGCAACUCGCAGCCACGCCUGGGCUACUCCAAUCUACUGGUUCGUGGGCAGGUUCAUCUAUCCACUUUACGCUUUCCAAUGGCUCUUGAUGAAGUAUGUUGUCGCUCCGCGCAUGAAGCAAAGUAGGGUGUUGGACUACGUCUUCGGCGAGGACCGCAUCCAAGGCCGUAUUCCAUGGGCCUAUCCUAUCCACACAAAAAGUAAGGAGCUGUAA